AUGCUCUCGUUACCACUAGCCAAGUUGUCAGUCGCACUCGAUACUGACCCUGACGCACAAAGCUUCACCUGGCAGCAUGAAACUCAUGACCUCACCUUUGUUAUUGACAGCUAUGGUGGCAGCGGCUCGUCGCAGCUGCUGAAGGUGGUGCAGGGUACCCAAGUCAGGCAACUCAUAGAACUCCAACGGCUGAUCGGCGAGGGCGAUGACAUGAUGAGGGCCAUGCAACAGCGUGGUGUUUCACUCAAGACUGAUCAGCUGCCAAUAUCGGCUAUUGUUCGCUGUCCUCUUCUAGCUAUCCGUUGGCAACUGCCCAACCAAAAGGUCCGCCGUGCUCAAAUCAAGUUUAAAAGCAAUCAGGACUACGACGCCGCGUACAGCCAGCUUGAUCAGCUUGGGCUUCGCAUGACUCCCUCCAAUGAUACCCAGGCUAACGCACGACCUUAUACUCCCUCGUCAGCCCGAGGGUUACCAGUGAAGCAUAAUGUAACAGCGACUACUUAUCCUCAUCAAGCCCUCCCUGGGGGAAUGUCCUGUCCCCCCUCCCACCUCGCAGACAUCGCCAGCCGGCCUUAUUCAGCCUCUGACGCCUCGGUCCCUACGCACACUCGGCUGCAGGACGUUGCACACUCACGCCCCUUCUCUGCACUUGCAGGAUACAAUUCUGCAGAUUCUACUAUUCCGGGCCUGUCCUCUAGCCCUCUGACUCCUCCAGUGUAUUUUGCUCGACCCUCAUCUGCCACGACUGAAUUGCUACAACAAUCCUCGACAAACGCGGGCUUCCCACCCAGAGACAGCUUCACGUCCUCCUUGGAGGAAGCCUCGCGGCAUAACACUACUCGCUUAGAUGCCUCACCACCAUCGAGUAGCUCUCACAGCGCCGAGGCAUCACUACCACCAAGACGAGAGCUACCUUUCCAACGAUCAUCUGCGCCACGGUCUUCAGGGAGCGACACAAUUCAGCCAUCUAGUCGAUCCUCCACUAGUCUCAUGGGACCACCUCCUCUGCCAGUGCGUGUGACCAAUCUGCGGCCUUCGUCAGCUCGUGAUGGCGCCAUGGAAACUGACCGUCUUCAAUCUGCCCAGCCGACUCUACUGGCGGAACCUGAGUCUCGACUCCAAGCGGCGCAGAAGCCACCUCGUACACCAGAUGCAAGCAAAGAUAUGCAUUCAGGCAUAGAUUCCUUCGCGCACCAGGACAAGGGAAGUCAACGGCCAUCGAAUUUCUCACCAAUUCACAGCUCUUCCCCUGGUUCGUCACCCUCUUUUCCCAGAAGGUCCGAGACCGUGUUCCCGCCAGGAAAUACGCUCCAAGGGCCACGACGAGCUGCCUCACUGAACACUUCGACUCCUCCUCGUAGCUUCGAUAAUAUGCUAAACACUCAUCUUGCCCCUUCAACAUCCCAAGCAUGUCAAGCUGACGACGUCCACGGUCUGAGAGGCUAUGCAAUGCAGUCGGAAGAUGGACGUAGAGCUGCUCUGAAUGAGUUCAUCUUCCGUCAUUUGGAGAACGACGACUUCCUCACUCUUGUCGAGGACAUGGAAACCUGUUGGGCGAGAGCAGCGCUUGGAAUGAGGUAG